AUGUCAAGGAAACGUCGUGCCUUAUUUCAUGCUAGGACAUUGACACGGGACAUUGAAACCAACGAAAUUAUCGCACCUAAUCGUUUUACUAAAUACAUCAACCAGAUCAAAAAGAUCGUUUCGCGAGAUUUCUGGGAAGAAAGAUUCGAACCCACCCAAGACGAAACUCUAGUGGAUUCUAAGCUACUCAGCUAUGCAUAUCUAGAGGCAGGUUUAAUCGAAUUUAUCGCAACUGGAUUUACUCCUGCCGAUCUUCGUAAAGCACAAAAGGCUGGAGUGUACUUCUUGAAGGAUAGCCCCGACUUCAUCAACUCGCGUGGCCAGAGUCUUAAUGCAGCUACUCAGAUCGACGGACUAGCCCAAGCGCAGUCGAUUGGUUACUCAAAUUUAUUACAGGCAAUCAUCGGCAACAAGUACAAUUUCUACGGAAUCCUGGCUGGAGCAUGUCUUGGCAUGUUUGUAAUCUAUACUCCACCUCUUCAUGUCGUCUUUGGAGGGUCAUACCAUUUAUCACCUCUCUACUGGCUAAUUCCUGUCGCAUUUGGAUGUUUGUUACUUGUAUGGGCAUCCAUCCGAGUCCUGCUUCUACGCAAGUCCAUUGAGGAGUCCAAGGUCAAGGAUAUCAAAGGACUGAGAAUGUCUUUAGCUGAUGGCGUUCAUAGUCCCGACGAUGCGAACGUUGAGCAUCCGAAGCCGUACAAAAUAGAGAGUAACGUCCUGGAAAUAGGCCCUGAAAUGUCGGCACGACCGAUAAAAG